AUGACAUUAACAAGAAGGCAAAAACGUGAUACCCUGACGCACGUUGAAAAUGCCAUGGAAGAUGUCAGAGGGAAAAUAUACGGCUUAAGGUCGGUAAACGCUACUUUUGAGAAAGACCCCGUAAACCUGGAAACAAACUCGAUUGGCGUGAAUACACCAAAAUGUGUCAUACGCAAAAACGUGGUAAAUUGCUCAAACGUAAUUUAUCACAACAAGAAAACGUGGAGACAAUCUAGACUGCACAUAGACACCGAAAUACAACAACUCAAGCAAAAACUCGAAACGUUAAAAUACAUCAGGAAGCACCUGAAGAGAACAAAACCAAGCGACGUUGAUGAAGAUGAAGACGACGACGACGAUUCCGAAGAAAUGGAUUCCAUUCAAAAUGGAACGAGUCGUUCGGAAUUGCCCGCAUUUAACGAAUUGAACCCAUCAAGAAUAGACCUUUUUUCCACGCAUAUAAACAAUUUAAAUGUAACGAAGAUAAAUAAAAGAAAACGAAAACGGCCGUUAGUCUUUGACGAGCUGAAUUCGAGGCCGGCUAAAAGAAGGAAAUACCACAACUUGAAUAAUCCAGUCGAAUCUGAAAAUACAAGAACCUCGUUUAGUUCUUCUACAGUUGAAUUUACCACGCGCACUCCUUAUACAGAUCAUACAAAUCCGCAUCGACAUCAACAUAAACUCCACCAUGUAACGCAGUCGCCAUACAUAACGAGUGCGAUGCUUCCGAAAAAUACCAAUGCCAAGAAAAAAAUCAAUAAUUGGACGACAAAGGUUAGUAAUUUUUUAGCAAUUAUUUACAAUACAAAUCAUUCUGAUGCAAAAAAAAUCAUACCUAUUCUAGACUUGUUAGUUUAA